AUGCGAGACACAACAUAUCUCGAGCGACUUGGCCUGGCUCUGAGAACCGCCUUGGCUUGUCUCAUCGUGAGCUUGACCACUUUGUAUGGUCCCAAACCACUAAAACACUUCACAACCUUUCCAGCCUUUUCUUACCUGACCACAAUCUUAAUCUGGCUAUCCGAUGCUGAACCAACAUACGGCGAAGUCCUCAAGUGUUGUGUUGAUGUCUCUUACGCCACUCUUCAGACAGCAGCCAUCGUGCUAGUGAGUGUCUUGGUGGUCGGACCAGCAUCACUAGGGAAUGGCUUGGUGGCUCCAGUCGCUGUGGCGAUAGCUUCAUUCAUAGUGGCUUUCCCCGUUUCCACGAGUCUUCUGACUAAACGGAUUGCCUUUGGGCAGAUUGUGGUUGUCUACGUGACUUUUGUCGUGUUCAACGGAGAGAUGGCUCAUGUGAUCAUGCUCCCGGCUCAUGUGGCGGCUAGUACAGCGCUUGGUGCCAUUGCUUCUCUCCUCGCCGUGCUUCUCCCGUUUCCAAGGCUGGCUCAUACUCAGAUGGCUAAAGGUUGCAAAUUGUAUGCUGAAAAUGCUGUUGAGAGGUUGAACUUGUUCGUCGAGGUCAUCAUGGCUCGAGACAACACCACAGCUCAGGUUUUGAUCGCAAAGGCCGCUUCCUUGUCUUCAGCAGCAAGAAACACACUCAAGAGCAUCCAACUCCACCAUGAUCGUAUGGUAUGGGAGAGACCAGAUACAAAGUUCUUGAAAAGGAAGCAGAAGCAUCCUGAGGACACAGAGUUUCUGAUGAGAGGGAUGGAGAUGGCGUUGGGAUCUUGCACUUCUUUUCCUCUAGACAUGAGCCGCGACGAACUCACACGUCUUUUAGAAGCUCCAAGAACACAGAUCGCUGCCGAGUCAGCAUCUACUCACAAGCCUGAGGACAGGCUGAGUUGGCAACCUGAGGCUGGUUCUCUGUCUUCCGCAGCUUUACCGGUUUACUUCUUCCGCUACUGCGUUGAACUCUUCAGGGGUGAUUUCUUAUCUGUGAGUAACACAGAGGAAGACACUCCAUCAGGAAACAAAGGGUUGUCCUUUCCCAAAAGGGUUUUGGAUAUUCUCUGUGUCUGGAUGGCUAGAGAAAGGUUUGUUUUUGCAUUCAAGUGCUCGAUCUCUCUAGGCCUUGCGGUGCUGUUUGGUAUCAUUUAUAACAAGAAAAACGGGUACUGGUCGGGUCUAACGGUAGCGAUUAGUCUUGUGUCCGGUAGGCAAGCGACAUUAACGGUAGCGAAUUCUCGUCUACAAGGGACUGCGAUGGGGUCAGUCUACGGUCUGUUAUGUUGCGCUGUUUUCCAAAACUUACAAGAGUUCAGGUUCUUGCCUCUGCUCCCUUGGAUAGCCGUCACCGUCUUCAUGAGGCACAGCAGAGUCUAUGGCCAACCUGGAGGAGUUACAGCUGCAAUUGCAGCACUGUUGAUACUUGGAAGGAGAAACUACGGAGCUCCGACUGAUUUCGCCAUCGCUCGGAUCGUUGAAGCUUCUAUUGGGUUGCUCUGUUUCGUCUUUGGGGAACUUCUGAUCAACCCUGCGAGAGCAACAACUCUUGCAAGAACCGAACUUUCACGCUGUCUCGAUGCGGUCGUAGAUUGUGUCGGAUCAAUUGUUCUAUGUUGUGAGCAGAAGAGCCAGCAGGAAAUGUCAGAGCUAAGAAGCAAGCAGGCGAAACUCAAGUCUCACGUUGACGCAUUGGAGAGGUUUACAGCAGAAGCCUUGACAGAGCCUAAUAUUCCAUUCCUCCGACCACUCAACGCGGUCGGUUACAACAAGCUUUUGGGAUCUUUCUCGAAGAUAUCUGAUCUUUGUCUCUAUGUCUCUGAAGAACUCAAAAACAUAUCUGGAGCGGAGACAACAGUUGGGUUUCCCUGGGACAGUAUCACUCAUGACCUGAAAGCCUUCCAAGAAAAGCUUCGCUCUUCGGUGAAAUGCUUUGAAGAGAACGCAUCAACCAAGUCUCUAGCGAGAAUCCAAAAAGAGUUAAAGAAGAGAAAGAUAUGCCAUGAUGUUGAAGCAGGAACAACAACAAACGACAGCAACUUAAUCAUGGAGUUGGGUCCAAGCCAAAAUGAUGCAGAGAGGUUUUCGGUUUCUUUUGUAAUGCUACUAAAGGAAGCAACAGACAAGAUAAGUGGUAGCACAGCUGAAGAGGCGUUCAAGAGUGAAACUGAUCUAUCUUUGAGCAGCCUAGGGUUUUGUAUUAGCAGAUUGAUGCAAGAAACAGUAUGUAUUAUGGCAGAAAUAACCCAUACAAGUUGA